UUCCAAAUGGAUAACACAUCAUCUCUCGUAUCGGCGGUUUGUUUCCCUGCUCUGCCAUAUUCUCCUCUGAUAAAAAUAAAUAAGUAUUUUAUCUAAUUUAUUGAUUUAAAGCGGAAGGGGCUCGGAAGUAGUUGGAACGUCAUCGGAAUGGCUGGUUGAUGUCCGCCGUGAGCCUGAAAGGCUACGAUCUCACGAUCGCACCGGGUCUAUCAGCCUGAAGGUUAUAAAGGGUUAUUACAUUUAGCUGAUGACUUUAUUUCAUCGCGAUUAUUUUUCAUCUCUUCUAUCCCGUCGACUGUCCAUCUGGUCAUGGUCUCCCAUACGUUCCCCAAGCCUCUCGACAGCGACAGCGAUACUGAUGAUAGCGAUGUCUGCUCCGUUUCCUCACUACCGCCUUUCAGUCCGGCUCCGAGUGUGGGGGCGAGUUCAUAUACUUCAUAUGAUGCCUCAAUGCGCUCGCUGUCGCCUACACCCUCCGUCUGGUCCAUGACGAGCUCCCUACGCGCCGAAGCGUAUAAGCAGGAAUUUGGGCGCGGCCUCAACAACUAUUCGGAAAUAUAUCGGUUGCCCGCCGAUGCUGAAGAGUUGGACCGUCUUGACCUGCAGCACAACAUGUUCAUUGAGAUUAUGGGCAAAUACAUCCCACCACUUCCGGAGGUCAUGGCGGAUGAUGUACCUGGUGAACAAAAGGCUGUCUUGGAUCUGGGCUGUGGCAGCGGGCGUUGGAUUAUGGAGGCGGCCCUUGACUUUCCACAUUGCAGCGCCGUUGCCGUUGAUCUUGUUCCUAUGCAAUCUCCGUACAUGCCGUCCAAUUGCAGGAGUGAAGUUGAUGAUAUCAAUCUUGGAUUGGAACAUUUUUACGGCGACUUCAAUGUUGUCCAUUGUCGUCUCAUCUCCUCUGGUAUUCGAAAUUACGCACACCUUAUCGAUCAAAUAAGUCGCGUUCUACGACCGGGAGGUCUCAUUGACCUAAUGGAAUUCGAUUUCCGCUGCUACGAUGAGAACUACCACCGAAUAAACUUGGACACCUCCACCCUAGCCUCCCCUUGGUGGCCCCGAUGGCUAUCGUUCCUGGAAAUGGCUGCGCGAAACCGAGGCGGCGAUGUCGAUGCUGCAACGCAUCUUCAUGAUUGGGUUUCAAAUCACCAAUCUUUUGAAAAAGUGGUUUACAAUCAGUACUGGAUUCCGGUAACGCCAUGGCGGACUGACAGUGCGUUUGACAUGAGAAUAGGAACAGCGAUGAGGGAUGAUAUAUUCUCAUUUUUGAAAUCCGGACGACCGUUGCUACUAGGUAGCGGAGUUCCUGAGCAACUCGUAAACGAACUCGAAACGAAUGCGUACAAGGAACUUAUGGAAGGGAAUAUGCGCCAUUAUAUUCGAGUGCAGUGUGUCUACGCUUGCAAACGACAACCCCGGAAUCGCCGAAUACAAACCCUUCGAACUGAUAUACCUUGACAACCUUGACACUCUUCCUCUGGCUCUAUCUCGCAUUGUUAUCAGCAUCACCAUCAUUCUGCAUCCAGUUUUCUGUACUGAUACCUAGCAUAUAUACAAUACUAACCUUCAGCGCGACUAUCCUAAUGGAUUUAAGUUACUCGAAGCCGCAGAGACUCUCGGAGUUUAAGAUGUAUUUGAAAUCUGGUUGACCCUUUGAUAACACUAUAUUAUUGUGGGUCCAAGCGCCCUUGGCAUCC